UACAGAAUCUGGAAAAUUUGUUAUUGCAUGGUUUUCCCAGUUUCAAAACUAUUUUUUCUUGUUCAAUGGUGAUUUCUUUUCAAGAAUGUAUUAGUUGUGUAUACCCAUAUUUUGGAUUUUCUGUCUCUAUAUAGCUACCACCAACUAGAUUUUAGUUAAGACUUGGGCUUCUUUUGGUAUACUUGAAUUGCUGCAUAUGGGAAUAGAAUGAACCAUAGAAAGGAACAAAGAGAGAAAUUAAUAUUAUUUAUUCAAAAUUAAUUUGAUCCCAAGACAAUAUCUUUUGAUUCCUUGUUCUCCCUGUAACCACUAUUAUGAAGUAAUGAACAUUCCUAAAGGAAUGAUGAUUUGGAUGGAAUGAACAUAAGAAAUGCAGAAAUGGAAUUUGUGGCUGUAGUACUAAUUCAGUUACUUGGUUCCUGUGUAGCAAAUGUAGCCUUAAUUCAGUGAAAUUUGUUGUCUCCACCAAUAUCAUUUUAGUAUUUUAUUUUUGAUGAACUAGGCUGGAAAGUCUUCGAAGGAGAGUUCCAAGUUUUUUGCUUGUUGUUCAAUGCAUCUAUAUUGAAUUCAAGGAAGCUCAAUUCAUGUAAUUUAUGAGAUAUUAUGUUGGCAAAGUAUCUAUAUCAUGUCUUAUUUGGCGGGUAAGUGUUCUCAACUGUUUGACAUUAUAAAUGGUAGGAAUAUAUUUAGCAUGAUAUUAGGGAUUAAUGUGUAUAUUCUUAGGGAUUGGUUCCGAUCCUUACCUUAGUUAGUAUAUAGUUUCUUGUAUAAAUAUGUAUAUUCCUUAGUCUGAGAAAUAUGAAAAAUAUAGAGUUCUUUUGUUAACAUCAACAAACAUAAAUGAUAAGUAAAUGUGCAAUUUGCGUGAUAUUUAUAAAUUGCCUGCUUGCCAACUUGCGUGUACGGAAAAUCUGUGGAUUGAGCCAAUACUUCACCUACAGCGAGCUGAGUGGUGUUUUGCCACGGAAUAUUUAUAUAUUGCCUCUGUGUCAGCUUGGUAUUUAUAUAUAGCAUAUGUGUCAACUUGUAAUGGAUAUAUGAUGCUACGUGUUGACUUCACAGAAAGAAGGUUUCGGUGAUAGUUGCUUUAAAUUGCCAGAUAACUACAGGCUGACUACUAAGUUCAUUGAUGUGUUUGAAUGCGUUUUUGGGUGAAACAGUCAUGUGGGGUCAUCUCUGAGUCUGUAUCUACAAAAGGGCAAAACUUGAUUGUAGAGAUACCAGAAGGAAUAAUGGAGCAAUCAGCAGAGAUUCUGUUAGGAGAAACGUACCCUUCUCACCGACUCCGAUAGGGGUGAUAUCUAGAGGUAAAUCAUCUAUUUUGCAAAACACAAUGUCAGAGAUUGAAGAGGUUGCAAUUUCGAGGACACUAACUCCUACAGAAGUUUUCAAUCCAAGGAUUAAAAGAACAUUGUCGCAGCCAGAAAUUCCAAUUGCACUCCCAAAUCCUCGUUCAUCACAUGGAAGUUUUAAUUCAUCUACAAAGGGGAUUGAACACCCACUACAUCGAUCACAUUCAGUACCUAAUUUAAAGGAGGCUGAAAGCACAAUACACAUGGUAGGGAGGCUAAAUUGUGUAAUUCGCUCUACUACUCAAAUCAAUGUUGGUGCUCUAGCAACAUCAGCUGCUGCUCCAUCUUUUGGUAAAGAUGUGAGUGAUAAUUUGGGCAAAGAUGUUACAGAAGAUGCUGUUUGCAGAAUAUGUUUGGUUGAACUUGGGGAGGGAUCAGCCAUUGUUAAGAUGGAAUGCAGUUGCAAAGGUGAACUUGCACUGGCCCACCGAGAGUGUGCUGUAAAAUGGUUUACAUUGAAAGGCAACAGCACCUGUGACAUCUGUAGAAACAAGGUUCAGAACAUACAUAUUAAAUAUAAUUAUCGGAAUGCAGUGAUAAAUGUUCUUGCACAAACUGGACUUGCUCUAAACAGGUAUUGGAUCACUGUUCCUGUGGAUGUCAUUUGCAGCGUGACUGCCUACUUUUUAUUCGUGUUGGAACUUUUGUCCACGAAGGGAGAUCGUGAUCCUCCACUUGCUGCUCCAUGUUCAAUCAUAUUGGGUCUCAUUGCACAUGUGAUAUCGUUUAGGAUGGUGUCUUCAGCGAGAAAACAAGCUUGGGUUUAUGGAUUGGUUCAGUUUGGAUUCGUGGUUCUAUUUGGACAUGUCCUCUACUUGGUGCUUAACCUUGGUGAAUAUACAUCGGUUCUUGUUGCGGUAUUGUUUGGGUUUAGCCUUACAAUGAUCGGUCAUAUGGUCCUGCGACCGAUGGCUAGGUCAAAUCAGCAGCAAACUCCCUCUCAGGUGGGUAUGCAUCCAAACCCAUCUUCAGAAACCAUUCCUGCAUCCCAGAUUGAUCUGCAACAAACCGAUCUCGAAAGCGGAAGGAAAUCCCAUCCCGGAGUUGAUAACAGCUCCAACUGAGAGAGACUCAGACUCCUCUCAUCUCAUUUCUUUACUUUGUGCAUGUUUUUUAUUGUUCAAUAAUGGCUGGCUUAGAACAUGUUUCUAUAGCUGUUUCCCUAUUUUGGUGAAUUGCAGUGAAUGUAACUAUCAUCAGAUCAUUCAUUCUAAUUCUAGAUGUUGUUUUUACCUUCGCAUAA